AUGAUGAAGAUAGGAAGAUGGAAUACGUGGGAAGAGCUAUUGUUGGGUGGAGCAGUUCUUCGUCAUGGAACUCAAAAUUGGCACAUCGUUGCUUCAGAACUCCAAACUCGAACUCCCUCUUACGUUUUUACUCCUCAGGUUUGUAAGGCUAAGUAUGAAGAUUUAAAAGAGCAAUAUUCUGCGGCUUGCUCGACUUGGUUUGAGGAGCUUACAAAGAAAAGAGUAGCAGAGUUGAAGAGAGCUUUGGAACUCUCUGAAAAUUCAAUUGGCUUUCUGGAAUCAAAAAUUAAAUCCCUCAAGCCUGAGACCAACAAGAAAGAAAGCGAUAAUUCUUGCGGUGGGCAAAAUAAUAAUAAUAAUUAUUGCACAGAAGAGACGAUACCAAAAGAUCAUGAGUUAUCUUCUGGGAGUUUCACGCACAGAAACACAGAAAACUUCUCUCCUGAGGCUGAGAAUCAAGAGAUCAUGUUAGAGACAAAGCCUGCUGGAGUUGCAGGCUGUUGUCAUGAGUACGAGAAAGCUUCAAAUAGUGCAGCAGACUUGUCGGCAUGUUAUUGUUCUGCCAACGUAGGACAAUUUCAAUGGAGUAAUCUGAAGACGAGGAGUGGGAAGAGGAAGAGGAAGGAUUAUAGCAGCUCAAGUUCACUCACACUUGGCAGUGUGAGGGACAGUGAGUCUUUGUCGGACACAACUUCAUCAGAUGACAAUGAUGAUGUCGUGUCUGGUUUUGAAGAAUUUUCAACCAGCAACAACUGUAAUAAUCAAAGUUUAAACGACGAAGUGGAAUACUUGCUCUCCAUUUUCGACUCUAUGGUGGAAAAUAAAGCUGCUUCUGUUUUUAAACAUCGCUUGUAUAGUCAGAAGACACGCAGGUACGAGAAGAUGAUCAGGAGGCACAUGGAUUUGGAUGCCAUAAGAUACAGAAUCAGCACCAGAACCAUAAAAUCAAGAACGGAGCUUUUCGUAGACCUACUUGUUCUCACCAACAAUGCUCUUGUCUUCUACCCCAAGACCACUGGUGAGUACCAAUCUGCCCUAAUUCUCAGAGACCUUGUAACCCAGAAACUCAGUAACUCACUCGAUCUUCAAGAUUUUACGAUCAAAUCAUCAUCCGUAGCGACCCAAAAGUAUAAUCAUCAUAAGGUCUCUGAAAAAAUAUCGAUGGACACAGCUUCAAAGAAAUACUGA